AUGCGGCUAUUUCUACUUACAUUAGUUCUUGUCACAUUUCUUCCGGUGCAGGGCCAGUUCUUCGGUUAUCCACCUUAUGGAAUGAUGGGUUAUCCAGGCAUGAUGGGUUAUCCUGGCAUGAUGGGCUACCCCGGCAUGAUGAUGCCAGGAUUUAGGAGAAUCAAUCCACUGACAGGUGCUCUUACUGGAGCAAUGAUUGGUGGAAUGAUGGGUGCAAUGAGAGGAAGGCGAUGA